AGGAAGCAAAAAUAAAAAUAUUCAUAAAUUUGUUUGCGUUUUAUUACGUUUUGCACCUUAACCACAUCAAUUGGUGACCCAGACUACACGUUAAAGCACAUUAGACAAUGUUUCAUUCGCCAACCGGAAACGCCAGCAGAGCUCUAGAUAAUCAUUUUGAAGAAAUCAUUCCUGGAAUGAAUUCACCAUUGGCUCAUGGUAAUAUUUCGUCAAACUCUAUAAUGGAUGACCCGCUACCAACAGGCCCAGUCGAGGUUUCAAGAGUUUCAGUGAAAAUUCCACCAUUCUGGUGCAACAAUCCAGCAUUAUGGUUCAAACAGGUCGAAAGCCAUUUUAUAACAUCUGGAAUAACAUCCGAUUCAACCAAAUUCCAUACAAUUGUUGGAUCCAUAGACGCAAGCGUUCUUUCGGAGUUCAAUAAAAACUUCCAUCAACAUUGGUUAUGGGCCCAGUCACGUACGCUUGUGAAAAUUAAAUUUGAAAAUUGUGCUUUCUGAAUUUAUUAUGAAAUUUCUGGAAAAAAUAUAUUUGUGUUGUGUAUAAUAAAAAGGAGGCCACCGUAGCGCAGAGGUUAGCAUGUCCACCUAUGACGCUGAACGCCUGGGUUCGAAUCUUGGCGUGACCAUCAGAAAAAAUUUUCAGCCGUGGGUUUCCCCUCCUAAUGCUGGCAACAUUUGUGAGGUACUAGCGCUAGAUUUGUGGGACGCAAUAAAGGUCGAUAGUGCAAGGCGUUGGCAAUUAUAACGCUAUGCCUAGAGCCAUCAGAAAUUUUGCAUAUCAAGUAUUUUGCAACAGCGAAAGAAGUUUGGGAUACGUUCAGCCGUUUGUAUUAAAGGAAUGCUACUUCCCGUAAAGUCGCUUUGUUUAAGAAAUUUGUACGGUUAAGGUUCCAGAAUGCAGAGAAGUAUGCCCUGCAGUGGAACGAAUUUUAUACCAUGAUGGAAGACUUGAAGGCCAUAAGUGUGGUUAAGCAUUUUGCUGCUGAGCAGUUUUCCGGAAGAAAUGAAGAAUCUCGUGGGAGCUAUUGAAAACAGAGAUAAAAUGUCCAGUAUAGAAGUAUUGAAAUCAAAAAUUCUGGAAGAAGAAGGACGUCAAAAUAGCAAAGGCAAGAAAAUGGUUUUUGAAAACGUUUUUGUGUCCUAAUUUUCCCGACAAAAAAAUGAAAAAGGUGAUUCAAAGCAGUGCAACUACCGAGCACAAAGUUAUACUGGUAUAAAAAGCUACAAAUGUGACAAGAAGCUACAUCUUCGUGUGCAAUGCAAGUAAAAAUGGCAAGUGGAAAAGCAAUGGGUGCAGUUGAUGACGACAAGAAGGACGAUACUGGAAAUUGGAUUUUGGAUAGUGACGCAAGUUCCCACAUGUGCCGUGAUUUAUCAUAUUUUUCACAUUUGGAACCCAAGUCCCAAAUAUCAUGCUGGCAUCAGGAGACCAAAUUACCGCUGAAGGUUGUGGAACUAAAUCCAAUGUUUGUGAUGUUACGUUAAACAAUAUGUUAUGUACCCAAAUUUCAUUAAAAAUUUUCAAACGCUUAGGUCUAGCGUUGGCCAUAAAAUAUGAAUUGAUGGUGAACCAUGUGGACAUUGUUCUGGCUUAUCUAAACGACAACCUACAGGAAGAAGUUUGGAUUUUGGAUAGUGACGCAAGUUCCCACAUGUGCCGUGAUUUAUCAUAUUUUUCACAUUUGGAACCCAAGUCCCAAAUAUCAUGCUGGCAUCAGGAGACCAAAUUACCGCUGAAGGUUGUGGAACGAAAUCCAAUGUUUGUGAUGUUACGUUAAACAAUAUGUUAUGUACCCAAAUUUCAUUAAAAAUUUUCAAACGUUUAGGUCUAGCGUUGGCCGUAAAAUAUGAAUUGAUGGUGAACCAUGUGGACAUUGUUCUGGCUUAUCUAAACGACAACCUACAGGAAGAAGUUUAUAUGAAACAAGCCGCACAGUUCGAGAAUAAAAAAUAUCCAAAUAAGGUUUGCUAACUAAAACGUUCACUCUACGGUUUGAAGCAAUCUGAAAGA